UUUAUUAAGAUAACGCUUUCGUUCUUUAAAAGCGCGGAUCAAAAUCUAGUUACUAAUAAAAAAACUACAAUAAUACAUUAUUAAUUUUAUCUUUUCUAUUUUAACCCUUUUAUUAAAAUAUAUUUUUUGGAUAAAACACAAUAUAUAUAUAGGAAUUGUUUUUAUUUUUUUUAGAUUUUGGAUAAUUCUUAUUAUUAUUAAUUUAAUCACUUAUCUAAUCAAAUAAAACUUAAAUUUGUUUUUAUUUUUGGCUAAUUUAUAUAUUUUAUUUAUUGAAGGUAUAAACAAUAUUAAUUACUUUAGUUUUUAACGUGAGAUCUUUUAGAUGCAUGACCUCACGUCGGGCUUCAUCCACAUACGUAGAGUGUGUAUUAUCAUAUUUUUUUACUCCACUAAUGCAACACACUCAUUGAUUAUUCAUUGGUUGUAACUCCUCUUUAAUUCAGUCCAUGUCUCCUUCUAGAGCACAUUUGAGUAGCGUUGACACUUGUAUUCAACAUUAGUAAAACGCUGUUUAUUUAAUGGGCCGUUAAUGGGCCAAAUUGAUUGAGACUAAGAUUUUUCUGGUUCGGAUUCUUCGUCUCUCCCAAGUCGAGUGAGCAAGUUGCAGAGCGCACACAGUACAGUAGUCUAGUCACACACCACUUUUUGACAGUUCCAUAGAGAAAAUGGCGAGCACUGAGCCAGAGCACGAGCACCGCGAAGAAGAUGCGGAAGUCCACGAAGCUGAGGACACCGGAGCUCAAGUAGCUCCGAUCGUCAGGCUCGAGGAAGUUGCGGUCACAACCGGCGAGGAAGACGAAGACGCCGUCCUUGAUCUGCGCCAAUCACCUCAUGUGUUCUCUGUGCAGUUUCGUGUGGGAUGAGUUGAAGGAUGAACUCUUCUGCAUAGUGGGAAUGAAAAGUCGUGUUUAUGGCACGCUACCGAUUUUUACGGCGAGUUGAAGGAUGAACUCUUCUGCAUUAGAUUUGCGUCUAUUGAGAAUUGCAAAACGUUUAUGGAGAAGUUCACUGAAAUAGCUGAAAGCCAGCAAGUAGGGCAAAGAUAGCAAGAUGGUAACCAAGUGCUAGUAGCUUAGUGGUAAAGGAGGUACAGCUGUACUGCCCGUCACCCGGGUUCGAGCCUUGGUCACAACGGAUUUAACAUCCCUUCUGUUGGGGCGCUGGACCCCUUUCGGAGGGAUAGUUGGGAAGGUGGCUGCCCAUAUACCAGAAUUAUAAAAAAAAAAAAAAAAAAAAGAUAGCAAGAUGGGGACGAAGCUGCUGGUUUACUUGAGAAUCUCUCGGCUGUUGAUAAAAAAACUGAAGAAAAGACCAAAGAAAAAGGAGAAGGAGAAAGCCCUGCAAAGGAAGAGAGAGAAACAAACAAGGAAGAAGAAGAAGAGAAGAAAACGGACGUGAACACCUGAUCACAUUACGUCACAAUGAUUACUCUAUUAUCAUAUAAUAUAUGCUCUGGCAUCGAACAUGAUGGUUGCUUUAAAAGGAGUCAUUCCUUUGUCA